UGUGCUCACCACUUCGGGAUGGAGUCACUUCGUCAACAGUCCAGCGUCCGAGUCAGUCUAUAACAUUCAAUCGUCGCGAGACAUUCAAUCGCUUCGUUUGCCGCUGCCAAGAAGCUCACCCUGACGAGAUAGAUAAAAGUGCGUGAAAAUGUUGCUAAAACUUAUCGUGAUCCUCCCAAUUCUCGCUGCUGUUCGCUCUCAAAGCGACGUGUGCACCACUCCAGAGGGCUAUCAGGCCGCUUGCACGCCCGUGAAGGAGUGCCCGGCGAUCCUGGGCAUCUUCAACAAUGCCCCACGUCCGCUGCCGCCCAACAUUGUCACAUACCUGCAGAGACUCCAGUGCUUCCACUCCACUGGCCAGCCUGCGGUUUGCUGUCGCCGUCCCAGUACAAGUUCCUCUCCUCCAACGUCUCCAAUCCAAACAGUGACGACCACGCAGAAUACGGUGUCGAAUGAGGUUCCCACUGGGCCACCAGACGUCACCAGUCAUCCGAAUCUCUCUCUCCUGCAAAACACCAUUUGCGGCCCGAUUUUGGGCGAUAAACUGGCCUUUGGAGAGAAGGCCGCUCUCUUCGAGUAUCCCUGGAUGGCGCGGAUCAGGUAUGAGGACGCCGGUGGCUUGAGCUUCAGGUGCGGAGGCUCUCUCAUCAACGAUCGCUACGUCCUGACCGCCGCGCACUGCAUCACUCGUCUGCGCAGCGGAGUGGAUGUGUACUCGGUGGUCUUGGGAGACUACGACGAUCGCUCUGAUCCGGAUUGCCAGCUUAUUGGAGAUGAGGAGAUCUGCGCACCGCCAAUUCAGGAGAUCCUGAAGGACUUGCUGCUGCCGCAUCCCAAGUACAACACUCCCAAGUUCGCCAAUGACAUCGGCCUGAUUCGCCUGCAGGAUCGUGCGGAUGUGAACAGGGAGAAUAUCAAACCAGUGUGUCUGCCGUUCACGCGAGAGCUGCAGAGGAAGCCGCUGAAUCGCCUCGUGGCCAUGGGCUGGGGCACCACGGAGAAUCAGACAACGUCCAGUGAACUGCUGAUGGCUAGACUGCCCGUGGUGGACAACUCCAUGUGCCAGAGUGUCUUUCUCAGCCUCCAGUGGACGCCCAAUCAGUUUUGCGCCGGCGGAGAGAACAACGUGGACACUUGCAAGGGAGAUUCUGGGGGUCCUCUCGUGUAUCCAGGCAACGUCCGUGGUCAGCGCUAUGUCCAAUUUGGCAUCGUGUCGGCUGGUCUGAAGAGCUGUGGAGUCUCCAAUGGCAGACCAGCCGUUUACGUGCGCGUGGCGAAUUACAUGAAGUGGAUUCUGGACACAAUGCGCGUCUAAGCA